GCCGUUGUUGCAAAUUUUCUGUCAUCGAUUGUGGAAUCAAGGCAAUCAUCUGGACAAUUUCGGAAAAAAAUAGUCUACUGCUUAGAAUCUUUAUAUACUCUGCAGGGCCUACCGCCAAUACCGGUACCGGUAUCCAUAAAAAUAACACAGAAUGCCGAAAAGACGAGCAACUAGGAAAGCUCCGACACGGAAACCCAAACCUCCUGUCGGUGAUGAAGGAAAUGAUCUCUCACAAGAAGAAAAGGCAGCCAAAUUACAGACAUUCCUCGAUGAUUUUGAUAGAGAAGUUGAAUGUCGAAGAAAGGAAAUGAAAGAAAAAGCUGAGAAGAUUUGUGCUGAGAUCCACAAUAUGAUGAUGCUGGAGGUGAUGAAGAUACCAUUGAGUAUCCGAGAAAUGAAAUUUGCUGAUUUCAUGGCUCAAGGUGGCAGCGUCCAUCUGUCCAUGAUGGAGGCCACCAAAGCAACGCUAAACGAAGUGGCUGAAAUCCCUGCAGAAAUAAUCACAUCAACAAAGAAAGGGAGAACAGCGAUGUCGCGACGUCGACAAAAGUGUGAGACGAUAUCAGAGGAGAGUGAGGAGACUGAUGAAGAGGAUACAACAGACAAGCGGAACACUGUCAAGAAGCCACCAAGACCAGUGCGGAAGGCAGCAGGAGCAGCUAGUCAGCCACCCAAAACAACGCGGCGUACAAAGGUUCUGGUUGAACAGACGCCAGCUAGUCAAAUACGAAGUGCUUCAGCCUUCAACUACACCGACACUCCUUUAGUUACGCCAAGGAUUGACCCCAGGUUGAUCGUCACGCCAGGUUUUUCACGGCUUCCGAGAAAACAAGAGAAGACGCUGUAUUGUCAGAUCUCUGAGACGACGGGGAGUCCGGUCAAGGACGACAAUCUGGUGAUCGUUGUCAGUAACGGUGAAGUGCAGCUCCUCGACAAGGAGACAGGACGGGCAAACCCUGUCCCUCUUGAUGCGAUGAAAAAGUCUGACAGGACCAAGUUUAGCCAAUUGAAGGCUUUUCUCGCGAGUCUUCCAGGUAUGAUGGAGAAGACCAACUCCUAGAGCUGUGAGAGCUGCACGAGGAUAUUCUCACUCCUAGAGCUGUGAGAGCUGCACGAGGAUAUUCUCACUCCUAGAGCUGUGAGAGCUGCACGAUGAUAUUCUCACUCCUAGAGCUGUGAGAGCUGCACGAGGAUAUUCUCACUCCUAGAGCUGUGAGAGCUGCACGAGGAUAUUCUCACUCCUAGAGCUGUGAGAGCUGCACGAGGAUAUUCUCACUCCUAGAGCUGUGAGAGCUGCACGAGGAUAUUCUCACUCCUUGGUUGUGAGCUGUGUUCAUUGACUGAAAACAUGGUGGGCUCUCGGACUGCUUCUACAACAACAACUGUUCUUUUGAAAGGUGCGAAAUGCCUCAUAGGACAGAAUUCUGAACUGGAACCAUUUUGCAUCACCACUGCUGUAGAAUUUGCUCAUUUGUUGUGACAUAUGUCGUGUUCACGGCUAUAGAACCUUUACGAUUUACAUGUAAUAUAAACUGUUCACACAGCAGUUCAAGUUUACAGUUUUCAACAAAUCAAGUUUAAGUUCACCAUGGACGAGCAUACAGUCAUUGAAACGUGACUACACAAUGUGAAAUAACAUUUUCCACACCAUAAAUAUCACAUUUAAUCUUGUAUAGAUUAGAAGUCCCAUUUAUACAUGUAACAUAACGUGUAAUUCUUUUGUAAAUACAGCAUCUUAAUGUCUUGCUUGUGAUAUGUCUCAUAUACAUGUACUUUGAUAAUAAAUCAAUUGUUUCAUACAAUGUAGAUCUUACAAAAAUUGUGUUUCAUUAGA